ACUUUAAGAACUAAGAUAGAUAAUCUUCUUUAGAGACUUAUUUCAUUCUCAAGAUUUCUAGUCUUGAUCCGAAAAAAUAAGAAUCUACUCUUACUUGGAAGAGCAUACCUAGCUCAUCAAAGUGAUCAAAUUAACAUGGGAAGUGUCUCGCUACUUUCUACAGUUGCAAGAAGGCUAGAAGGUAAAGUGGCGUUGAUCACCGGUGGGGCUCGUGGCAUUGGAGAGUCAACUGCAAGACACUUCUUUAAACAUGGAGCAAAAGUAGUGAUUGCAGAUACUCAAGAUGAGGUGGCUCAUUCUGUUUGCAAAGAUUUGAGCUCUGAGUCUGCUUCUUUUAUCCAUUGUGACGUUACAAAAGAAACAGAUGUAGAAAAUGCUGUGAACACAGCCAUCUCAAGGCAUGGCAAGCUAGACGUUAUGUUCAAUAAUGCUGGCAUUGUAGGAGUGGUGAAAACCAACAUGGUUGAUGUUUCCAUGUCUGAAUUUGAGGAAGUCAUUAGGGUUAACCUAGUAGGUGCUUUCCUGGGCACUAAACAUGCUGCUCGUGUGAUGAAGCCUGCUCGACAAGGCAGCAUCAUAACAACCUCUAGUGUUUGUCUGAAGCAUUCUCGUCUCCAAACAAUGCAACGAGGCCUGUUUGUUGUCGGCCAUUAAUGUUAAAAACGGUGUCAUGAAGUGUUGAAAUCACAACUAUUCAUAGAAUAAUGUCUUUUAGUGGUUGAAUGAUUGAUCGGUGAAGUGCCUUUUUAAAUAUAUUUUUUUAAUAUUAAGAUAAAUUUUCUAGA